AUGGCAGAGGUGCUUGGGAUAGUCAGUGGAAGCUUGACACUAAUUCAAGCUCUGAGUGAAACGUUGACGGGAAUACAGAAAAUCUCAGACUUUUGCUCUUCUGUGCGGGAUUUCCCCAAAAAUAUCAGAGACGCUGUCACGGAACUUCAAUUACUGGCUCAAAUCCUUCAGACAUUAAAAAAAGACCGGAGUUUCGGCGAACAAACGAUUAGCACUGAAGCCCUGAGUUAUUGCGGCAAGGUCGCCGCGGAACUUGAGGACGUCUUCUUAACAAUACAGAGAGAAAUACAUUAUGCGAAAAAGAGUAAACAGUGCUGGACUUCUGUCAAGACGUAUGUGCGAAAGACCAAAACGGAUGAUAUCUUCAGGAAACUUGAAAGAGCAAAGACUAUGCUAAAUCUAAUGAUUUCAAGCCAUAUUUUAAUAAUGCAGCAUGCGAAAAAUGAAGACAAUAUCGCUCAAAAGGCUGCUUCCGACGAAUCAGUAGUGCCAGACAACCCGAAGCAAGAAGGGAUCAAGUGUGCUCCUCGUGUUACGAAAGACUACGUCGCACAUAAUAACUACUCAUUGUCAUGUUUUUUGGGACUGUACAACCAUCAUUCGGGUGCUUUACGAGUAUCCCAAGUCAAAGAUGGUCAAAUUAUAGCCUCGGAGGGGCACCAAAUACAAAAGUGGACCAUCCUUCCAUCAGCCUGGCUAUCGAAAUGUGGACUUGCAGGAAUGUGUGUAAACAAAAGCUUGCGAAGGGAAUAUCAAUGCACCCCUAUUCGAGUUGUGCCGGAUUCCGCCCCAAUAAUUAAUGCAUGCAGAAUAGGCGACAUAAGAGCAAUUAGAUCUCUGUUGAUUGAGUCGCAAGCUACUGUUCAUGACACAACUGAGUGGGGUUGGAGUCUUCUUCAUGUUGCUGCGAUGCACGCCCAAGUCGAUUUAUGCCGAUGGCUUUUACAGCAAGGAUGUAACAAACAAGCCGUCGAUGUAAGAAAUGGCUGGAGUCCACUUCACAUAAUUUCCGCCCUCAGUGGGCGAACAUCACAGAGUAAUCUCCCUCACAAGAAAAAAGAACUUGGAAUAUUGCAGGCGCCAGAGGUUCCGCAUUCGGCGUCAAAAAUUCAAGACAUGAUUAGGGUCCUUGUUGAAGAAGGCUUGUACGAUCCACUAGAUCUUUCAAGCACAGGCUGGAGUGCACUCCAUGAAUACUCGGGUCCGGUGGGGCCUUUCCGGUAUCUACUCGAGCAGCAGAACGAGUUUCUCAUCAACCUUCAGCAUUUUUCUAGAGAGAAGCAUGAUGAUCUGGCCUGGAGCCUAGCGGACCAAUACUGGAAGAACAGUGCUGAGCUUCUGCUUGUAGCACUGGAGAAUGGAUUAUCACCAAAUUUUCAUGAACCAUUCCAGCCAGCUUGGAAUCUUUACAGGUCCUGUACACUCUUGCAUAUUGAAGCACAGCGAAUGGAGAAAUAUGUGUACCUGGGAUAUCCGAUCCAACCUUCGCUCAAGGUCAUCGCCAAGUAUAUCGAGAACGGUGCGGACUUGCACUGUCAAGAUUCAUUUGGUGCUACCCCACUAGAUGACAUAUUGAGUUACAAAGGAUUUGAUAACGAAGCCCACAAAGCCGUUGCAAUUUUUGAGUGGAUACGACUUCUUCAAGGUCUUGGUGUGAGCCUCCCUGAAUACUUCCAGACAGAGCACGCGAUCCACAACCGUGGUGCCGUUGUACACGUGAAGCAUUACAGGCCAAUGAUAGAGCGCAAAUGCAGCUUUGAGCAUGGCAGUGAAACGAUUGCCAUCACUGUCAAGGACACCUGGAAGGAACAGAGCGUGUCAUACGAACCACCCGGUCGUUGGUUUGAAGAGCGAGGAGGCUGCGAAAGAGAUGCCUUUGGUCGUUAUCUGUACAGAAACUGUGAACCACUUGGCAAGCUCAGUGUAACAUACAGCUGGUCUCAAAGAUAUAGUGAAACUGUAGAAAGUAUCCCAAACAUUCAACUCGAGAUGGGCUGA